AUGAGAUCGUGUUUGGCGCUAUGUCCCGCCAUCAACAUCAUUUAUGAGACAUUUUCAGACCCUCUGACUCCACAGACGGUAGGCUACAUCGACCUUUGCUGGCUUCGUGCGACUCAGUUCUUUGAGACUGUCGGGUUGAUCGCCAUUGGAAUAGCAGCUGUCAUCUUGUUCCUCUCCCUAGUUGUGCAGUCGCUUCGGAACAAGAAGCUCGUCACCAUCCUCAACGCGCUGACCUGCUUCGUUGCUUUUGGAACCAUCAUUGUCGGCGCCAUCAUCUACGCCUCCCGGAGCAACAACAGCAGCUACCUGAGCUGGGCGUUCGCGCUGUGCAUUGUGGGGGCAAUACUGGAGGGCGUGGCAGGCACGCUAAUCCUUGUGGGGUCGUUUGCGACCAGAAGUUAAUAUAUUCUUUGACAACAUCAGGCGCAUCUGGCGUUACGAUCUACCGUUACCUGGAAGUCUAUCAGUACUUUCUUCUCAUCAGGUUAACAACUUCCGGAAACCAGAAGUGAAUAUUCCUCGUUUCCUCAGUCGCCGGAUGUUUGGGGGAAUUCACAGCAAAUUUGCUUCUGAAUCUAAUUGGCUGAUCACUUGAUCGUGACUCGUAGUCUGGAAAUGGAACAAUUAAUUUAAUUAAUCACCAUUGUGAACUUACAAAAAGCUUACAUCAAAUGAAAACAACUGGAGUUUACAUAAACCUGAAAAUGAUUAGUACUAUGUAACCGAGAUGUGCGAUGGGGUCCGGAAGUGGUUACAUGAUACUACAUGAUCCAACAGUCAUGACAU